GUGGGAGCCGAAAGAGACGUAUCCUACGACCACGGCAUCAAAGGCUCCAUAGCCGAAGACUGUUAUUUCGCGAUGCACGCCUUUAUGAAGGGCUACACGUUCAACUUCGUCGACGGCGAAAUGCACGAGAAGUCGCCAUUUUCCUUUUGGGACUUCAUCCAGCAGCGGAAACGCUGGGUGCAGGGCAUCUCGAUGGUGGUGCGAGCCUCGGAAAUUCGGUGGAAAUACAAAAUUAUGCUGGCCUGCUCCCUGUACGCGUGGAUUACGAUGCCACUCACACUGACCAAUAUUGUGACAGGCUUCAUUUUCCCGCUGCCGGUGCCCAACUGGCUCAACAUUAUGGCUCUCAUGAUCAGCGCUGUGAAUAUUUAUAUGUACAUUUUCGGCGUUAUUAAAUCUAUCUCAGUGUAUCGACUGGGUUUGCUCAAAUAUGGCUUAUGCCUAAUUUCGUUGGUCUUCGUCAUUUUACUAUCGGCCAUUCUCGAAAGUGUGGCCAUCAUAAUGGCUUUAUUUGGCGAUAAGAAAAAGUUCUACGUCGUUAAUAAAGACUGGAUAAGCGACGGAACUCUGCAAGCAGUGUAG